AUGGCGUCGAUCUCGGCAGCGCCCUCCUACUUGCCCCUGGCCCUCAUCGACAAGUGCAUCGGAUCCCGCAUUUGGGUCAUUAUGAAGGGUGACAAGGAGAUUGUGGGCACCUUGCGCGGUUUUGAUGAUUACGUCAACAUGGUCAUGGACGAUGUGCGAGAGUACACCUUCACGCCCCAGGGCAAAAAGAUCACACAUCUGGAGUCGAUACUUCUCAAUGGCAAUAACAUCACUAUGCCAGCGGCCUCAGCGGUUUUUCUCCCCCGGUUCCAUCAAACAUGUGGCCCCUUUCCUGAUUCUGAAGUUUCCUGUGCAUGGCAGUCGAAAAGCUGGAACCUCCUUUGCGGUUUCUUGUGGCUGGGGAUGAGGAUUUCGGAUGCAACAGGUUCUUGUGUGUUUGUGGCUUGGCAUAUUACCCCCCAUGUCUCUUGGUUCUUGGUGGGGGACAGAGGGGCGAGGGUUACUUGGAGAAUCUCAGAUGUUUCCGCGGGGGGGGGGGGGGGCGCGGAGAGAACACCCGUUCUUCUUCCCCGCUCCUCUCUCGGAGACAUGUUCGUCUUUCUGUAG